CGCACAUUGGUCCACUGUGGGACGCCGGCACGCUGCCGGCACUCUGCCGCAGCCCACCAUGUCCAGUCACCGCCUCCCCCCCCGGGCCUGGCAAUGGCCGCAGACCAGUCGGGUGCGUCCACCGCCAAAACAAACCGCCUCAUGUUGUGCUCUCGGCGGACUGCCAGCGCAUCGCUGCUUUCGUUUCUCCACUCGAACCGGCCUAGCCAUUGGCGGUGACGCGUUGCCCGGAGCCCCCAAAGCGACGUUUGUUGUCUGUAUAAACCAAAACGCUGCUGGCGCGCUGCUUUGUUUGGUGUUGUUUCCUCACAACAUGCCAAGGAAGACACCAGAGCUGGACCGGGACUUCAACAUUUAUGUCGACCCGUCCUGCCUGAGCGAACCAAUGGAGGACGACGUGCACACAACGCAGCAGCCGACCUCCGCCGAAGAGGUACUGGGACAGCCCGCCGAAACUGCCCUCAAUGUUUCCGGAGCGCCGAUUGCGGAAGAUGAGACGGAAGAUGCAAAGCAGCUGAUUGAAGACUGCGCCUGCGAUGGCGCAGGCGAGUCGCCGGCUGCAGACGCCCAAGUCGAACCAGCUGCGGAUCCGGCGGGGGAGGAACACACAGAGUCAGAGGCUCCGGAGGGAGCACUGGUGGCUGAGGCACAGGAGGACAGUUCAAGUCCCGACAUCCCCACCGAGGCCCAACCUCCCGCCGAGAUGGGGGAUGCGCCGCCGCUGGCGACAGAGGCGCAGGACGAUGCCGCAGCAACCAGCCCGGAACCAGAAGCUGGUCCAGAGGCUGAGGCUGCUGUCGGUCUCGAACAGGCGGAAGAGAAGCCGGCUGAUGCAUCAGUGCCUGAACCGGAAAACCAAGACGGCGAUUUACGCCUCGAUGAGAGCUCGGCACCCGAGUCCCAGCAACAACAGAGCCCGACCGCCGAGGGACCAGCCGGCGAUCCGGGCGCCAAUGACGAUACUGUCCAAGCGCCUGAUGUUUCUCAAGACAUUCAAUUGGAAAAAAUGGCAGACGAGGAAAGUCAACAGCCGGUCCUCGAACCUGCGGAUGCCCCAAAACCAACAUCUCCAUCCGAUGCGAACGGGCGGGAAGAAGAUCGCGCCCCCGGUCGAUCCCCCACCGUCGACAGGAAGACCUCUCUUCGCACUGAAGCCCUCAUACAGGCUGCCGCUCGAGCCGUCGUCGCGAAGAUCGCGAAGCGCGACAGCGGACAGAAAGGCGACCAAGAGGACGACGAGUUUGAGAACUCCAUGCUCAACGCUGACUCGCACGACAUGCACGCAACUGGGGACGACGCCCGGAGUGGUUAUGGCGGCUCCCGUAGCCCCAGUCGUCAGGAAUCUUCCGAAUCCCACAUCCGGCACGCGCCCUCUCGGUCGAUCUCCAGCGACGAGGGCGGCAGCAACAGUUCGCACAACGAGCCCGAGGACGACGUGUUUAGCGACCGCAGCGCCCGGAGCUCGGUGUGCUCGCUAGACCCGAACGAGCUUGACGUCAAGACACCCCAAGCAAAGGACGGCCUGUCCCGCCGCGACUCGUACGCCUCCAGCCGGCAGUCCCCGAGAACGGUUUCGGGCUUCUCCACCAUCUCCGGCCUCUCGCAGUACGACAAAGAACAGUUCGUUCCCGUCAGCCGAGAGACCCGCAUGCCCUUCCGCACUCCGUCCGAAAUCCGAGCGAUUCAGAUGUCCUCUCCCACUCCCUCCGUCUUCAACGGCAGCUCGCCGCGGUCCAGCAAGCGCACCGGAGGAGGAGGAGGCUCCACCGGCUUCCCUCCCGUGUCUCACCUGAGCAGCCCGAUCGCCUCGGCUCAGUACUCGCCCAAGGGCCGCUCAACCCCGCCGCGGUUCAAGAGCCGCAAGGAGGCGCCCCUGGUCCUGCUCCACGUCACGCUCCUCCCGCUGCGGUGGGUGUGGGGCGACGUGGUCAACGGCCUGGACGCGGUGCACGGCAAGGUGCUCGACGAGACUGGUCGGCCAUUCGAGGCGUCGGAGCAGCUCAAAACGCUCCGCGACUCGUGGCGCCAGCUGCAGGACCGCGUGGGCGACACCGUGCUGGAGCGCGGCGUGCUGCUGCCGCACCCCCAGAACGACUACGAGGUGCUCGAGGAGCGGCUGCUGGAGGCGCUGGAGCUGCCGCUGCGGCGGCGCGCGCGAAUCCUCGAGUGCGGCCACUACCUCGGCCCGUCGAACGAGAUGGCGGACGAGGAGGACGAAAGCGACGACGACGACGAUGCGUCGCAGUCGGGGAGGGGCAAGGACGAGAAGAGGCACUGGUGCAACACCUGCCGGAACGAGAUCCGCUACGAGCACCUCGGCCCGGGCAAGGUGUUCCGGAUCAAAGUCUACGCCAGCAACGGGCUGAUGAAGGCCGGCGCCUGGGAGGCCUGUUGGAAGGAGAUGGAGCGGGUCGACGUCGAGGUGGAGCCGAUUGUUGACUCGGCUUUGCAGAACGAGCUGGAGAAGCUUGGCGCUCUCCUGCUCGAGCAGGAGGAGCGGCGGCGGCAGGAGCUCGACAUGGACCGGACCCUUGAGCUGGAGCAGGAGCAGGAACUUCAGCAACAACGGGAACCAAGCCCACAGCACGAACUCCGCGCCGGCGCGGCUAAUCGCCAGCACUCCGAACCGCCUGCCGAGUCCGAUGUGCGACAUUCGGACCCACAGACCUCGCUUCCGUCCUCCCGGCCGCCCUCAUCGAUGCAACUCGCAGUGCACACCUCCUCCCUCGCACGCGCCGACUCCCCUGCGCCGCUGCACCACCCGCGCCCGGCAUCCCGCCACACCGAGCCCAUCGACACGUCCGAAGCGCGCCGCCGCCGCGACGAGGAACGCCUCCGCGAGAUCUACGGCGGCACUCCCCCUCCCCCUCCGCCACCACCUCCUCCUGCGCCCGCCGCAGCGCCAGCGCCAGCCCAACUCCCCGCCCCGUCGCAGCCGCACCCCGAUCCGCACCUCCACCACCACCCCUCCUCCCACCUCUACUCCCACGCGCUCACCUCCCCACCGCUCCUCACAGACGGCGGCCCCUCCUCCUCCUCCCUGCACCACCACCACACCACCCACCCCGCUCACCCCCACCAUACCCAGUACCACCAGCAGCAGCAGCAGCACCACCACGACCCGCACGCCGCGGCGGACCCGUAUUCGCCCGCGCCACCGCCGCCGCCGAUAGGAGCCCGCCACAGCCGCCAGCGCGCCGGACCGGACGACGAGACGCCCGGCUUCGUCGAGCUGCUGAUGGAGGCGUUCAAGGUGCUGCUGCGCGACCCCAAGAAUGUGGCUAUCAUUGUGCUGUGUGUGUUUGUCGUUGUCAUGAUUCGGCAUCAGGGCGGUGGCGGCGGUGGUUCGGUUGGGGAUCUGGUGAGGGUGCAGGGGCAGGGUGCUCCGGCUGUUGCUGGGCCGGUUGUGGUUGGCGGUGGUGGUGGUGGUGGUCUGGGGGGUGUGUCGCUGGGGAAGGGGGAUGCGGACGCUGUUGUUGUUGUGCCGGCCGCGGCUGACGCUGUUGUUGCGAGGGCUGCGGCCGGGGCAGAGGUCCUGGUCGAGGCUGGGGACAGGGGUGGUGAGGUUGAGCGCGGGGGUGCGGUGGUGGAGGGAGCGGUGCCGGUUGUGGGUGAGGUGCUGCGCGUACCGGAGGUGGAGAAUGUUGGUGCUGCGUCAGCAGAGGCCACGGAGAUGGAUCCGGCGGAGCAGGUGGUUGUUGAGGAGCCUGCGCAGCCGGUCCAGCUGGAGGAGAGCGUGGAAGUUGAGCUGUUGCCCCAAGACGGGCAGACGGGCGAAGAGGAAGUCGAGGCGUCCGUCACGGGCGAGGUGCUGGCGUUCACCCCGCUCACCGAGCUCUUCGUUCGGGCGUUGGCGCUGCCUACGUGCUCCGUGGACGGGGGCGAGGACGAGGGCGAGGACGACAGCGCCUCCGAUGCUCCUGGCCAGUCUGAAACCUACGAUCAUAUCCCAGCUGUCACCGACAAUACCUCGCAACCACCCGAAUCAUCCGAAGAACAUGAGCUCGCCGACCUCUGCGGCUGGGACGACGACAACGACAACGACAACGACGAUGAGGACCUCCCCGUCCCCGCCACCCCUUCCGUCUCAGCACCCACCUCCGCCACCACCACCUCGGCCCCGGUGUUUGUCCUCGGCCCGCUGGUCACGUCACGCACGACGGUGCGCGUGUUCGAGACGGUCACCGAGACGGUGCGGGUCAGCGUGGUCACGCAGACCGAGACCGUCUCGACCGUGGUCACCGCGGUGCCGCAGACGGUCGAGGAGACGGUGUUCGAGACGGAGACGGUGCGCAUCACCGUCUCGGUGCCGGUGGAGGAGAAGAAGCGGGAGGGGACGGAGAAGAAGGGGAAGGGGAAGGGGAGUUGUGGACGGUUUUUUUGAGGGCAUUGCGUUCUAAGUAUCCAGUCGGGUGCGGGAGUUUGAUGAUGGUGGUUGUGAUGAGUGCUCCGCUGUGGAAGCUGCGCGGGAGGGUUUGAGUUCUGGUUGAGGAGGAUGUGCUGAACGACAGUGAUAGGUGUGUAAACGAGGGUGAGAUGCUUUUCUUUGUGUGGUCUGUUAAAUGUUUACGUAUCCCACCGCCUUAUGCAUAGCGAUAGCUGAAUGGUUCAUGACGACUUCAAUGCUGUAUGUGGGCUCAACGCGGUGUAACUGCCAGGUUCAACCCCGCUCCUGACAGGAGUACGGAAUAUUCCG